AGGACACCAAACGACAACGUAUUUAUGAAAGUGAAGCAAGCAGAAAUACAAUUGCAAACGACUUGGAUUGGAUGUCGAAAGACUAAGCUGUAAAAUUACGUCGGCAUGAUUCGAUCGCAGUGAUUUUAGUUUAAUUUUUUAAAAUUUCUUUGACCUCGAAAACCCCAACAAUUCCCUAGCCUGAAUCUUGAUUUUCCGUACACAAAUCCUUUUCCUGCGUUUGCCAAUCGUCUUCGAUGUUCAACAACAACAGCAUUGCGAUCUCUGUCUCCGACGACGAAUCAGAUGAACUCGGCCGGGCAAGAGCCCGACUCCGUAAGAAGCGCAAGAAACUGGGGCUUCGCAACAAUAGCAAUGGGCUCUCUCGCUGGCUUAUUAGGAAGCUCUUGAAAAACUGGAUGUUCCUGAUCUUUCUCCCAGCUGCUGGGUUGCUUCUAUUUGAGGCCUCGAGUUUUGUGCUUUCACCACACGCUGGUAAAUCGCCGAAUGGCUCCGGCUCCGAACUCAGUUCGAUCAAAAAACCCAGUCAGGAGAAGAAAUCGGAGGGGAAUUUGAAUCGGCUCGAUCCCACUACCCGGGUAGUUGGUGGCGUCAGAGAACGUUGCUUGAAGCUUCUACCUCCCGAAGAACUUGAUCAUCUAGAUAUACCUUCGAGCAAAGAGUCUACUAGUCCUGUUAGCGAAUUGGUAUACAUAUCGGAGAAUGAUACACCAUUUCUGGGAAGGAACAUUGUAUUUUCUGGACAGAGUACAAACGCCACAAGGUUCAAUUUGUUUACAGGGAAUCAAAGUCUAGAUCAGAGAGAUAAUAGUUUCAAGGUUAAUGUCACAGCUGCGGUACACUGCGGUUUCUAUAGCCAAAAUGGUGGGUUUAAGAUUUCUAAUGAAGAUCGAGAUUACAUGUUAAGUUGUAAAGCUGUUGUGUCUACUUGUGCAUUUGGCGGUGGAGAUGAUCUUUACCAACCCAUUGGAAUGUCGGAGGCAUCAAUUAGAAAGGUUUGUUAUGUUGCAUUUUGGGAUGAAAUCACUCUAGCCACGCAGGAAUCAGCUGGACAUAAAGUUGGUGAGGAUGGAUUUAUUGGGAAAUGGCGCAUUAUUGUUGUUAGAAAUCUUCCUUUCUCGGAUCAAAGGUUAAAUGGUAAAAUCCCCAAGAUGUUAGGACAUCGUCUUUUUCCUCAUGCAAAAUAUUCCAUAUGGGUGGAUUCCAAGUCCCAAUUUAGAAGGGAUCCUUUGGGAGUUUUGGAAGCCCUUCUUUGGCGUUCAAAUUCUGUGCUUGCAAUUUCGGAGCACGGAGCUCGCAGCAGUGUAUAUGAUGAAGCAAAGGCUGUUGUCAAGAAAAACAAGGCCAAACCAGAUGAAGUAGAGGUGCAAUUGACUCAAUACCGCAAGGAUGGACUCCCAGAGGACAAGAGAUUUAAGGGGAAGAAAGCUCUUUCUGAAGCGUCCGUCAUUGUGAGGGAGCAUACGCCGAUGACCAAUCUGUUUAUGUGUCUUUGGUUCAAUGAGGUGGUGCGUUUCACUUCUCGGGAUCAGCUGAGCUUCCCAUACGUAUUAUGGCGGCUAAAAGUGCUUAAGAAUAUAAAUAUAUUCCCUGUUUGCACACGUAAGGAUCUUGUUAAUAGCAUGGGCCAUUUGCGCAAGGCUAAGCCUUUGAUUAGUUGAAUCUUAGUUUUGCAGUAGUGCUUCAGCUGGUAUAAAAACUAAGGUAGAGACAUUGAGGGAGUUAGUUAUUAUUUGUUUUGUUAAAUUAUUAAUUAUCAUUGGUUUCUUUCAUUAUGGGAAUUGCUCAUGGUUGCUUAA